ACCACUCCACCUUGUAACGAUGACCUUCUUCGGCCCCCUCGGUAUCUCCUUCGCGCCGUACGUGCGCUCGUCCCGCACCCUCUCCAGGUGGCUCAAGCCCGUCGCGUCCUGGUACGCCAACCUCUCCGGCUACAGGCAGAUGGGCUUCAAAUACGACGACCUCCUGGUCGAGGAGCGCGAGGAUGUCCAGCGGGCAAUCCAGCGCCUGACGCCCAACGAGGCGUACGACCGCGCCUUCCGCCUCAAGCGCGCCUCGCAGCUCAGCAUCCUCCACACGGCGCUGCCCAAGGAGCAGUGGACAAAGCCCGAGGAGGACACCCGCUACCUGAAGCCCCACGUGCAGGAGGUCGAAAAGGAGGACGUCGAGCGGGCGGCUUGGGACACCAUGAACGUCGUGGCCAGAAAAUAGACAUCCUGUGAUAGACUGCGUUCUUUGAUUUGCUUGCAAUCUC